GCUUUCACCUCUCGUCUCUCAAACCUCUCCACCAACCCUCUCUCUCUCUCUCUCUCUCGCACUCUCCGCCUCCUCUCUCAAUCUCAAUCUCUCUCUCAGGUGAAGUUUUAAAGAAUGGCGACUGUGCGAAUCUCCUCGACUAGUAUGACUAAGGCGGUUCUUGGAAGUCAGGCGACUAACAAGCUUAUUACUAAUAAGAGCUACAACUUAUCAGUUGGAUCAACCAACAAGGUUUCGAGAUCUUUUGGUUUGAAGUGCUCGGCGAAUUCUGGUGCCACGAUGUCAGCUGUAUACAAGGUCAAGCUCUUGGGACCUGAUGGUCAAGAAGAUGAGUUUGAGGUUCAAGACGACCAAUACAUAUUGGAUGCAGCUGAGGAAGCUGGAGUUGACUUGCCUUACUCUUGCAGAGCCGGUGCUUGUUCGACUUGCGCGGGUCAGAUUGUGUCGGGGAAUGUUGAUCAGUCGGAUGGUUCGUUUUUGGAGGAUAACCACUUGGAGAAGAAUUAUGUUUUGACUUGUGUGGCUUACCCACUGUCUGACUGUGUGAUCCAUACCCACAAGGAAACUGAACUUUUCUAAGUUCGGAUUCGCGUAUUUGGUAAUGAUGCAAAUUGUUAUUUGAGCGGUCUUUUUUAGUUGUUAUUACCAGUUUGGUUCUACGGAUUUGUGUGGUUUUAAGGGUAUGCAUUUGUAUGGAAAUGACUCGAGAUAUGCCUUUUUAGUGUUCAUGAAUCUGUCACUGGGAAGCAACUGGUUAAUAAAAAUGGUUUUAAGUUUCGACAAA